UAGUCAGUCAGUCAGUGAGGCAGUCAAGCAAAUCUCAACCUAGAAGCGAGCUGUGGGAGCCAGCUGAAGCACAUUUGCAGUCAAAUCGUGGAACGAAGCAAAAGUCUCUUUCGAGCGGAAAUCAAAAUUAGCUAAACGGAAGCAAAAAAGAAAAGCUGGAAAAGCGCCCAGACCAAUUAGCACCAUGAACAAGGAGUUUAUCAUGCAAGGCGGCACGCCCAUCACCAGCGAAUUGGCAACGGAGCUGCGCAAGCUGGUCUUCGGCACCGCCGGCAUACCCAUGCGUGCCGAGUGGCUGCAGACGUCCUUCGUUUUUGGUGCCGCCGGCAAGGAUGAGCUGGCUUAUGGGCUACGUUCCCCAAGGAAUGCUACCCGCGGCAUGUUGUCCGUGGUCCAAGGGUUCAUAUUGAAGUAUCUGCUGUUUGCACGCAAACCCAGCCGAGCUGCAGCCACGGCCAAUCCUCUGAUGGCCACCGCUGAGAUGCAGCGAGAUGCUCUCUUCAAUGCUCUACUUGAGAUAUUGCGCAUUAUAUCGGACAAGGGCAAGGUUACCAUGGUGCUGCCCUCGGCGGACGAGGUGUUUGUGGAUCACAGUGCCACCUACUUUCACGACACGGUGACCGAGAAGCUCUAUACUUUUACUCUCUCGCCCAACGAAGAACUGGAACACUUUUUGAAGCGAAACUUUCAAUACUUUACAGAAGAGGAAACCCCGGGCACUCUGCUGUUUCUUUAUAGCGCUGUACUCACUCGCUCGAUGGGAAAAGUGCGCACGGAUCUGGAUUCCAGCAAGUCGAUGCCAUUGACCAUGGGUAACCAUGAGGAGGGCUCGCUGAUGAUUGUCACCUUGUUGCUGACAGGGCGUGCCACGCCCUAUAUACACAAUGGCGUUAUCAAUGUGGGCGAUGAGAAUAGCUAUGCUGUGGCACAGUAUGGAGUACUGAAGCGUUGCAUGAUUGGACUGCUGCUCUGGGACACAGAAUCAACAAGUGCUGCUGUCAAUCAGUCACGGCAACCGGGGUCUCGCUUGAAGACGCCCAACUACCCGAUUUGGAUAACCAGCUGCACUGGGCACUAUGGCGUCAUAUUCAAUCGUAAUCCGGAUCUGUUGAGAAAUUAUCAUGCCGAGUCACGUUUCGAUGUGAAUUACUAUAGCUGUUCGGGUCAUCAGAUACUGAUGACCAUCGAUAAUCGCACCUACAAUGAGCAGGCAUUGGUCAUGUUGGAGCGACAACCAAUCACGCCGGAGAGCAGCUCGCAGACAGUUGGCAAACAGGCCAAGGACGAGGCAAUCACGGCCGUUGGAGGUGCUGCUGCCGGUGGUGGUGUGGCUGGCGCUAGCGGCGGUGGUGGUGUUGGUGGUGCUGCUAGUGGCGCUAGCGCUGGCAACGAUGUGGUCGCCAAGGAGGAGUCAACGCUCAACACCCCAUUGCAGCGUUUGAUUCAUACCAAGUGGGAAGAGGCAACUAUAAGCUUUCACGUGCAGCCAUCGAUGUUGAGUUAUCUUUUCAGUACCACACAGUAGAACCACAUUUCGAACAGCAAACUAUUCAAUAACCAAAGCAAUUCCUAUCUAACCCCUCGGGUAUAUUACAAUCUCUAGUUGAUAUUUAACUAUAAUCAAAAAGUACUAUUCGUAUAGAGCAGUGACUCACUAAGGCAUUGCAUCCAGCUUGCUACGUUGUCUCUUGAAUCUAUGAUAUAAAUCGACUUUCUUGGCGAAUGACCAAUCCAAAACUCUCAACGAGAAAAAUUAUGCACAUAAUUCUACCAGCAUAAAUAGAAAAUUUGUCGUUAUCUCUUAACAGCCAGCCAAGUAAGUCUCUGCAAACUACAAAGUGUAAGCAUUCAAGAAUAUGCUCGAAAAACCUUUCGUAUAACUCCCAUGAGCAAAUCUUACCUAACUGCUUAUUUAAAUAGAUUAUAGAAAAAACCAAACACAUACGAACGAGAGCAUAUGUGAAUUAUUAGUUUCAGAUCUAAAAACUUUUAUUUUUGACUAAGUAUUUCUGAAUAAUAUAAUUUUACAUUCAUUAUAGGAUCAAUGACAGCUUAAAAGUUAUCUAUACCCCAAUGCUUAUAAAAAGAUCUUAAGCCACUUCUAUAUUAAGCCCAACUUUUGUCAACUCUUACAUAGUUUUUAUCGAAUAUAAAUCUAGACCAAAAUGUAGUUCUAAUCGUAUUAUAGUUAGCUAGUGCCUUGAUUUGUAAGCUUUCUAGUUGAACUAGUUGCACUAUGAAUUUAGUUUUAUAUCUCGCACUUUACAUAGAACGACUCUACUGUUGCUGUCAUUUAAAUAUUGCGAAUGGGUAUUUGAAAAAGAUAUAAAAAGAUAUCGAAACGUAAUCCGAAACGAAAUUCUCAAACAGCGAUGGUAAAUACACGUAAAAUAUUUCGAGUAUCGUAAACAAGUAUCAGAAAAACAUCAACAACGGGCAAAUUUGUCUAAACAGAAAAAACAAUCUCAUAUCCUUUACGCAAAUCUGCCUGCUUAACAAUGUUACUGAGGCCUCUCUGCAAAAGAAAGCGAUCGCUGGAGCUCAAAACUCAACCAGUUGCCGCCUGGAGCCACUAGAGACGACAUAUCUAUGCAAAUUAUGUAACACCAACAUGCUUCAAAAGUCUCCAAUGCACCUAAAUAUAAAC